GAAAAAAACACACACAGAUUUUUCUCAGCCAUGUUUAUGGGUUAAUAACUUCAUUUGACCAUUUUACGCUUUUGGGUUGCCACUUUUCUGCUGAGUUUGGCAUGCGAGGAAUGCGGUCACUCAAGCGGAGAGAACUUCCAGCGGGAAAAUGACUGAAAAUCCCAGAAAUCUAUAAAACUCCUUUAUAAUUAAGGGGGAUAUUUCUUUUUUCCACGUGAAGAAUUCAUCUUGUUAUCUUAUAUAAAGUCCAAUUACCACCCCACUGCUCUUCCAAUUCCUCUUUCUCUCGGCUCGGAUUUGACCUUCUGAAUUUCUUGGCCUAAUGACCGCGUCUUCCUCUGCAUUGGCAGUUCGUAGCAAACCACUGCCACUGGCGUACCGUUAUCAGAGCUUCAAACUUGUUGGCCAUCCAACGUGUUCGAUGUGCCAAUAAUAUGCAACAUCCAUGGCGUUGGCUUUUCGGAAUUUCGCGGCAAACGGAUUGUUCAGUUGACUACGUGCAACGCAGCCGCGCAGACGCAGUCAGCGGCUUAUAAAAAUCCGACCUAAAUAAUCCAUAUAUGCCUAUAUACAUAUAUGUACGUAUUUCUUAAACGACGUCAAAUUCAAUCAAUCCAAAGGAUCCCGUGAUUUGUGAUUUGAUGUGCCAAAAGUGCCAGGCUACGUGGGCUAAGAAUCGCAAUUGGCCUACGAAGAGCACAAGGAUAGCACAACGCGGAUAAGAAAAGACUAGACAAAAAUUAAAUAACCGGCAAUAAUUACUUUAAAUGCAAGGAAGCAACGGAGAGCAAGUAAAAAUAAAGGAAUUCCUUUUAAAAAAAAACCACAUUGGAUUGCGAGCAAUAGAGAACUCUCUUCUUAUAGCGUAAAUAGAAAACUAGGAACGCACUAAGCUUAGUGGCACAAAAGCACUGGAGCAAAGCAGCAUUAAAACUGAGCAGUUUACUGAAAAUCGGGCCAUAUCAGAGCCCCGCCAUGCACAAAAGAAAGAAACCCUAGACUUUAGAGAGUGGCAAGAAGAUAAAAUUCAAAACUAAAUCGCGAAAAGAGGCAAAAUAUAGCAAGAAGCUGGCUUAAACUGGGGAUAAAUCCACAGAGAACUCAAGUAGACAACCUGGUACGCCAACAUGGUGCUUAAUCUGCUGUUCAUAACCACCGUGAUCAAGUCCACAUUUGGUGUGGUGACCACCGGACUCUGGCUAAUCCCACUGAUGCUGGCUGCCAUCACAUACUAUCGCUAUGAUGCCGUUGAUCCCGAAUCGAGGCCCCUGGAUCAAUUGAAUCUGUAUCCAGAGUACGAUUUCAUAGUGGUGGGCAGUGGUUCGGCCGGAGCUGUGGUGGCGAAUCGAUUGAGCGAGGUGAGGAAAUGGAAAGUGCUGCUGAUCGAAGCCGGUCCAGAUGAAAACGAGAUCUCUGAUGUGCCAUCGCUGGCGGCCUAUUUGCAAUUGAGCAAACUGGAUUGGGCCUACAAGACGGAGCCCUCGACGAAGGCGUGCUUGGGUAUGCAAAACAAUCGCUGCAAUUGGCCAAGAGGACGAGUUUUGGGCGGCAGUUCGGUGCUGAACUAUAUGCUCUAUGUGCGUGGCAAUCGCAACGAUUACGAUCACUGGGCAUCGUUGGGCAAUCCUGGCUGGGAUUACGAUCAUGUGCUGCGCUACUUCAAGAAAUCGGAGGAUAAUCGUAAUCCCUAUUUGGCCAACAAUAAGUAUCAUAGUCGCGGUGGACUGCUAACCGUUCAGGAGUCACCGUGGCAUUCACCUUUGGUGGCCGCCUUUGUGGAAGCCGGCACUCAGAUUGGCUAUGAUAAUCGCGACAUUAAUGGCGCCAAACAGGCGGGCUUUAUGAUUGCCCAAGGAACGAUACGUCGCGGUUCGAGAUGUUCCACAGCGAAGGCAUUCCUGCGACCCAUACGCUCGCGUAAGAAUUUCCAUCUGUCGAUGAACUCCCAUGUGACCAGGAUUAUCAUCGAACCGGGUACCAUGAGGGCACAGGCCGUGGAGUUUGUGAAACAUGGCAAGGUGUAUAGGAUAGCGGCCAGGCGGGAGGUUAUCCUGUCAGCCGGUGCCAUCAAUACGCCCCAGUUGAUGAUGCUAUCCGGUUUGGGACCACGAAAACAUCUGGAAAAGCACGGCAUUCGUGUGUUGCAAGAUCUGCCCGUUGGCGAGAAUAUGCAGGAUCAUGUGGGAAUGGGCGGACUCACUUUCCUGGUGGAUAAACCCGUGGCCAUUGUGCAGGAUCGUUUUAAUCCCACAGCCGUCACCUUUCAGUAUGUGUUGCGUGAACGCGGACCGAUGACCACAUUGGGUGGCGUCGAGGGUCUGGCCUUUGUGCACACACCCUACUCCAAUCGCAGUCUCGACUGGCCGGAUAUUCAAUUCCAUAUGGCACCGGCAUCCAUUAACUCAGACAAUGGAGCCAGAGUGAAGAAGGUGUUGGGCCUGAAGGAAUCGGUGUACCAAGAGGUCUACCAUCCCAUAGCCAACAAGGAUAGUUGGACGAUAAUGCCACUGCUCUUGAGGCCAAGAUCGCGGGGUUCUGUGAAAUUACGUUCGGCGAAUCCUUUUCACUAUCCCCUCAUCAAUGCCAACUACUUUGACGAUCCCUUGGAUGCGAAAACUUUGGUGGAAGGAGCCAAGAUAGCACUUCGCGUCGCUGAGGCUCAGGUUUUCAAGCAAUUCGGUUCGAGAUUGUGGCGCAAACCGCUGCCCAAUUGCAAACAGCACAAAUUCCUAUCCGAUGCCUAUUUGGAGUGCCAUGUGCGCACCAUAUCGAUGACCAUCUACCAUCCAUGUGGCACUGCGAAAAUGGGACCCGCCUGGGAUCCCGAGGCUGUAGUCGAUCCUCGCCUGAGGGUCUAUGGCGUUCGUGGACUCAGGGUGAUUGAUGCCAGCAUUAUGCCAACGAUUAGUAGUGGGAAUACCAAUGCACCGGUCAUAAUGAUAGCUGAAAAGGGUGCGGAUCUCAUCAAGGAAGAUUGGCUCACGAAUCCCGAGUACAAAGUGAAGCGGCAGGCCAACAGCGUUAGAGAUCCAGAGCCAGCUGGUAGUGACAUUCAUGGCAUCAGCACAUUGCCCAAAAACAUCAGCCAAAGCGACAGCAGCAACAUCAGUGACAGGAGCAACAUGGAGAGCCACUUCAGCAACAGCAGUCACAUCAGCCACAUCAAUUUAGGCAGCAGCAGCAGCAACAGCAACAGCAGCAUCAAUGACAGCAGCAGCAACUUCACACUCAACUACGUGGAUAGUUAGUGACUUUGUGAUGAAGAAUACAUAGAGCUCCAGUUAGCUCCAGAUUUUGUGCUCAGGGCUCCAUAGCUUUAAACACUAACAGAAAGUGUCCACAACGAGAAAACAACACAAAAUGUUUGCCAUUGCAAAAGUAACAUGCUGACACACAUAAACUCUUUGAGUUCGUUUAUAACUCAAUUGAAACUAGAAUGUGAUUCAAAAAUUCACCGAACAUUCUUUACCUAAAGUCUACACUGAAACCAGAAGCUAUCAUAUUUAUGGAAACAACCAAAAAGUCUAUAUCACCGACUUGAAGUUCAUUAUCAUUGAAUGGUCAUCAUGUAAUGCUCAUAAAAACUUUACUACGGAACCAGAAGUUCUUAGCAAUUAAAACUGAUUGCUGCUUCCUUGUGAAACCAUUUAAAAGUACUACUCAUAAAAGGUUUACACCUGACAAGACAA